AAACUUGACAAAAUGCCAGUCAGGCAAGUACUGUUCUCCUGGCAACUGCCAAACACAGACGCGUCCAUCGGACUGCCAGACAAAGAAGCGCAAUUCAUCACUCCAGAGAACACGUCUCCACUGUCCAGUGGUGGCGUGGCCAUUGCGGUUUUUCCCAGUUGCUUCCACUUUGUUAUAAUACCACUAAUAGUUGACCGUGGAAUAUUUAGUAGCCAGGAAAUGUCACGGAUGGACUUAUUGCACAGGUGGCAACCUAUCACAGUACCACACUUGAAUUCACUGAGCUACUGAGAGCAACCCAGUCUUUCACAAAUGUUUGUAGAAGCAGUCUGCAUGCCUAG